CUGGGUCCGUCCAGGCUCGUGCAUGCCAACCCGUCCUCAGUCCCACCGACAGGCGGGACGCCGCGACGAAGUGUGUGCAGGGAGGGACGUGGAGGCCUGCGCAUACGGGUCCGCGAGCUUGGGAGGGAGGGAGAAGGGGAUGGGGAGGAGGUUUAGCUGCUGUGCAGCAACUGCCGUCGAUAGGACGCCGAUGACAGUAGUCGACAGGACUUUCAGCACCGAGGGCACCUCCGAGGUCGUGCGAGAGCAGCCGUGGUACUGGGCUGAAACAUUCGCUCGUCUCCGAUAAACUCUUGCACCAAAUCUGAAAGUCUGGGACAGGUGAGAGAGAUACAGGUGGUACGUUAGAAGGUUCCCUCGUCGUUGUCUGUGACUGCACGCUCAUCGCCGUCAGGUCAGAAGUGGGUCGACAGCUUACUGAUAAGAUCUUAAACACCAGUAUCCAUUGCAAAGUCUGGUAGAACGAAGACUAGAAAGUUCGGUUUUGAGGAGAACCAAUGGAAAGCAAAGAAUUCGAGGAACAUGGCGCGGAGAUGCUCCAUUAUGUCACUUCUUAUCUGGAUUCCAUCGGGUCUCGGCGAGCCCUGCCUGAUGUUCAACCAGGGUUUAUGAAAGGAAUGAUCCCCGACAAGGCCCCAGAUACCCCCGACUCGUGGGAGGAUGUGCUGAAAGACGUGGAGAGGGUCGUGAUGCCAGGAGUGACGCACUGGCAGUCGCCGAAGUUCUUCGCUUAUUUCCCGACAGCCUCGUCCUACCCGUCCAUGCUGGCUGACGUCCUCUGCAACGCCAUUGGCUGCAUCGGCUUCACGUGGGCGUCGUGUCCAUCCUGCACAGAGCUAGAGGUGCUGAUGAUGGACUGGCUGGGCCAGAUGCUGCAACUUCCGGACACCUUCCUCUUUUCGGGACCUGGCAAGGGAGGUGGCGUCAUACAGGGAACAGCCAGCGAAGCAACCCUCAUGUGCCUCUUGUCUGCCAGGACACUCUUCUUCAAAAAAGAGCAAAAGAAGAACCCGGAUUAUACCUUGGGCCAGCUCGUGGACAAACUGGUUGCUUACUGCUCCGAUCAGGCUCACUCUUCCGUGGAACGCGCUGGCUUGAUCGGCGCAGUGCGCAUGCGCAAACUGGAAACGGAUGAGAAGGGUUCACUGCGAGGUCCAGCCUUACAAGAAGCCAUACUGGAGGACAAAGCUAAAGGUUUCAUUCCGUUCUUUGUUGUUGCUACUUCCGGUACCACGACCUCCUGUGCUUUUGACAAUCUGAAAGAGUUAGGUCCCAUCUGCCAAGAACACGGGGUGUGGAUGCACAUCGACGCUGCUUACGCUGGGAGCUCAUUUAUAUGUCCAGAGUUCCGUCCCCUGUUGGACGGAGUUGAGUAUGCCAUGUCUUUCAAUUUCAACCCGCACAAGUGGCUGAAGGUCAUGUUCGACUGUUCUACUCUGUGGGUACAGAAUACUGAUUACCUUCGGUACGCCUUUGAUGUCGACCCACUCUACCUUAAACAUGAAAACCAAGGCGUGAUGCCAGACUUUAGGCAUUGGCAGAUUCCAUUAGGACGAAAGUUUCGCUCGUUGAAGAUCUGGUUUGUGUUGAGGCUUUAUGGACGACAGAAACUUCAGGAGGCCAUCAGGAAGGAUGUGCGUCUCGCGCAUGAGUUCGAGGCUCUAGUGAAGACUGACGACAGGUUUGAGAUCACCGCUGAGGUCAUUCUGGGGCUCGUUUGCUUCCGGUUGAAGGGUGAAGAUGCGACAUCUGAACGCCUGCUGAGAGAUGUGAACAAUGAUGGCCGCAUCCACCUGGUCCCCUCUCACAUGAAGGGCAAGUUCUUUCUGCGCCUGGCCAUGUGCGGGCCCAGCCUCCAGAGCCAGGACAUUGUCUACGCCUGGGAUGUCAUCAAGGAUGUUGCUGACCACGUGCUCAAUUCCCACAAAGCCAAACAAUAAAAUUAUGGUUUAUACCAAAGGGUCGGUUAACAAGCCAGGUAACCAUCGCUCUAGUCUUUGUGGUCGAGAGUUGAACGUGUUUCAGAUGAAGUGUUCAAACUACCGCUGCAGGAAAGAUGGAAUGAAAAAAAAGGACAAGAUGUGGAUGAAAGUUUGUGAGGCGAUUGUUUCAAUAUUUGCCAAAAUGCAGUUGACUGGACUGUUUCAAUGUUUGUAAUAAGAGCCCGGUAAGCAAACUCAGGCCUCACAGUAGCAAGACAUUUUAAUUCCGUUACCUAUUCCUAAAUAUAGUUCUGGAGUUGAUGACUGUCAUUGUUACCUACUGCUGCCCAUGUCGACAUUUUUCUCCAUUUUCUUGAGAUGUCACACCCUUAUGAGCACAAAAAAUAGUAAUUUUCUUUACUUUAACUUAAUUGCACAGCUUGCCUAGUUUCAUUGGCCGUCCUGUGUGUGAUAAUCUUGCAGUUCAAGAUAAAGUUUGUUGAUGUCUCGCAAUGUUAAUUUUUAAUUGUUAAAUUGUUGCUAUAGGCCACUCCUGAAGGUCUUGUUUAGCGAGAGAGUAUAACUUAUUGCAUUCAUGCCAAAGAAGUUUAAAGUGAACUAUGUGGAUCACAGCACUGCAGUGGUAGUACUUCAAGCAUAAUAAACAGGUGUGCGAACGU